CGGGCCCACUCCCCCUCCCAGGAUUGGUCCCACGACGCCUCGCGGCGCGCGAAACUCACUCGGCCACCAUCACCUCCGGUCGCGGCCGCCGUCGUUCCGCUUCCCUAAACCUAACGGCGGCCGGGGGCCAUCCCCGCUUCCACUAACCCCUCAUCUCCUCCCUGCCGCCGAGAAGAAGAAGAAGAAGACUAGAGGCUCUAGCGAUGCGGACCAGGGGCCAGACCCGCGGCGAGCCCAAACCCCCACCCGCUUCGUCCCCCGCCUCCUCAGCUAUUGUUCUUCCCCCUGUAGGGAGAGGUGGAGCGGAGGAGGUUGUGGCCGGCGGCGCCAAUAAUCGCCGGAGAGCUUCGCUCGCCGCGAAAGGGAAAUCCCCCGCCACCAAGGCGAGAGCGCAAAUGCCGGUUGCUGGACAGGUGGAAUUGGAAUCUGCAUUGGGGAUCAAACGCAAAAAUGGUAAAGUCAAUACCGAACGGAAUGAUGAUACUGGUAAGAAAAGGUGCAGCGUGGGGAGUUCUGGAAAGAAAAAACUGGAGGAAAAAGAGCCGGAGGCAAUUGGUGAUAAUGAUGCAGCUGGCAUGGAAUGGGAGGAUGGGCAUGUCUCUCCGGUGGAACGCAAAGAGGGUUAUUCCCAUGAUCUUGGUGAGACGGUCACUGUUGAGUUCACUGAUGUACCUUCAUCAACUGAAAAGAAGAGUGUUCGAAGGCAUACUGCUGAAGAGAAGGAGUUGGCUGAACUCAUGCACAAGGUCCAUUUACUUUGCCUGCUAGCAAGGGGUAGGGUAAUUGACAAGGCCUGCAAUGAUCCUCUUAUUCAGGCUUCAGUUCUAUCUGUUUUACCACAGCACUUACUGUGGAAUGGUGUAGACACUCUGAAACUGGACGCUAAUAAAUUACGUAGUCUUGUGAGCUGGUUCCAUCGUACUUUCAGUAUAAUUGCACGAUCUGCUGACAAGGGGUCUUUUGAAUCAAAUAUGGCUUUCGCUCUUCAAAGUCAUGAAGGCACUGCUGAAGAGGUCUGUGCACUAUCAGUGGCACUGUUUAGGGCACUCAACUUGACAGCUAGGUUUGUUACAAAUAUGGAUGUUGUUGGACUCAAGCCUGAUGCUAAAGCAGUGGGGACACCAAAUCAAGAUGGAACUAGGCUUUCGACAAGGGCACUACCAUGUAGUUCUGUUGCUGCAGGCCAUAAUGAGUUUAAUACUCUUUCUCCGGCUCGAUUAGAAGUUAAUACGGAACAUAGCUUCAAUAGGACCAAGCAACGAGGUGAUCUGGGGAAUUUGAAAAGAACAUCAGCUUGCAAGAGUUUGUCUAAAAACUUGUCAAAUUGCAAGGCAGAUCAAUAUGCAUCAACAUCGAAAGAUGAAUCAUCCAGCAGUUCAAAUCCAUUCACAUCCAGUACCGCCGAAAUACCAAAAAGGAAAGGGGACGUGGAAUUUGAGUUGCAACUGCAAAUGGCCCUUUCAGCCACUGGAGCUGAAAUUCAGGAAAAGCUAGCUGCCACAUCCAGUCAGUCAAUUGGCACCCUACUAGAUUCUACACCAUUGAAGAAAUUACGUAAAAAUGCAGAAGUUGCGUCCAACUCAAGCGCAGUUUGGUCGAGAAGUGGACCGCCAUUAUAUUGGGCCGAGGUAUACUGCGGUGGCCAGACAUUGACUGGAAGAUGGGUGCAUGUUGAUGUUGUAAAUGAUAUUAUUGACGGUGAAAGAAAAGUAGAAGCUGCUUCUGCUGUUUGCAGGAAGCCUUUGAGAUACGUUAUUGCCUUUGCUGGAGGUGGUGCUAAAGAUGUGACUAGAAGGUAUUGCUUGCAGUGGCACAGAAUUGUCCAGGGAAGAGUGAAUCAAGAGUGGUGGGAGAAAGUUUUGGCACCACUAGAGCAGCUCGAAUUGGCAGCAACUAAUGACUCUGAAGAUAUGGAACUUCAGACCAGGGCCCUAACAGAGCCUCUUCCUACCAAUCAACAGGCCUACAGAGACCAUCACCUAUAUGCCCUUGAGAAGUGGCUGCACAAGAACCAAGUUCUUCAUCCCAAGGGUCCAGUGCUUGGCUUCUGUAAGGGGCAUCCUGUUUAUCCUAGAUCUUGUGUUCAAACACUGCAAUCAAGACACGGAUGGUUGACGGAGGGUCUGCAAGUUAGAGAAAACGAGUCGCCUGCAAAGAUUGUCAUACGACCAAAGAGGAUUUUCAACUCCCAGUCGCGUGAAUCCAAUAGCAACGAAGAUGAACUUCAGGCAACCACGGAAUUAUAUGGCAAAUGGCAACUCGAACCCCUGCAACUUCCUGGUGCUGUAAAUGGCAUUGUGCCAAAGAAUGAGCGUGGCCAAGUUGAUGUAUGGUCAGAGAAGUGCCUUCCACCCGGUACCGUACACUUGAGUAAACCAAGAAUAUUCCAGGUUGCAAAGAGGCUUGGAAUUGACUAUGCUCCUGCCAUGAUUGGAUUUGAUUACCGAAGCGGUCGGUGUGCUCCAGUUUUUGACGGAAUUGUUGUAUGUGCUGAAUUUAAAAAUGCCAUUUUGGAGGCGUACAAAGAAGAAGAGGAACGGAGACAGGCUGCGGAAAGGAAGCAGGAGGAAGCUCAGGCUCUGUCUAGGUGGUAUCAGCUGCUCUGUUCUAUUGUAACGAGACAACGGUUGAAAGAGUCCUACAACGCGCGCUCAGCAGCGCUUGCGCCAGAGAGAUCAGCUAAAGUUGAUAAUCCCCAGAAAAGCACCAGUGAUAGCCAAUGCUCCGGAGCGACCACGACCAAUCAUCGUACACGCGCGGAUCGGCUGCCAGAUCCUCGUUUCUCUGCUCAUGACCAUGAGCAUGAGUUUCCCGUGGAAGAUCAGAGCUUCGACGAAGAGACAUUUGUGCGGACAAAACGCUGCCCGUGUGGUUUUUCACUCCAAGUUGAGGAAUUGUAGCAACUUGUACUGGAAAUGUAGUACUAAUUCGACUGCCUAGUGUAGGGAGCCUUUUCAUUUGAUCAAAUUUCUCAGUACAAAACUUUACUGCAUUUAUUUCAUCCACUGAGAAAGAGAGAAUUUGAAUGCUCAGCAAGGGGGGAAUGAUGCAGCAGACAUGAAACAUGAGUAGUUUGCAACCAGUAUGAGUAGCAUCAACAACAACAAAUGGCAAAUAUAAACUUGUGAUUA